CCCAACGAUUUCCCAGAGUCUCCUGCAAAGGUAAUUGCCCAAAUGGUGGUUUGUGCUGCAUUUUCCAUCAAUGAAAUCUCCAGCUUCAGCGGUAUUCCCCCAACAUUGUAGCCUGCAGGCCAUCAAACAGGCUCUGCAAGUAGAAAAUGGAGUCGUGCCCAUUCAUUUGCGACCUCGUUUGCCUCCUGAGUAGUAUACCGUACUUCUGCCACUGCGCAUUCUUCCAUUGUUCGCAUCAUCUCAUUCCGCAUCAGUAGCAAGACAGCAGACAUUUGUUCUUUUGUUACCACGCCGAAAAUGCACAGCUUCUUUUCUCUCCUCGCUGUGGCGAGCAUUGCCGCUGCUGCCAGUACCACCGAGCAGGGCGGUAGCCCUCAGAUGCCAGAUUUGAGCAAAAUCCCACCGUGUGCUUUGCAAUGUCUUACGCAGGCUGCUGGCACCACCAGCUGUCUUCUGACUGAUGUCUACUGCCAGUGCACAAGUGGCGCUGCGGACAUCGCCAAGGCAAUCGUCCCAUGCUUGUGCCAAAGCACAUGCUCAGAGACGGACCUAAUGGGUACUUUGGCAGCCACCGGCGAGCUCUGUAUUACCGCGCUCGCAGCCAAGGGCGAGUCUUUCAAGAUCCCAAAUGUCAGCCCAGAUCUCUGCAAGAGCGUGGGUGGAGGCGCCGCACCACCACCAGGAGGCUCGCCGCCAUCCAGCCAGCCAAACCAGCAGUCUCCAACUGGUCCAGAAAGCACUCAACCAAGCCCACCAACUGGCUAUGCUCCUCACACCAACAUGACCCCAACCACGGGUCCAACAGGAUACGGGGGAAACCAGACCAACCAGACUGGACGACCACCGAUCCAGCAGAGCACCGGCGAUGCCUCUGGCCUCCAAGCAGGAAGGUUUGUUGGAACUGCUGCCAUUGCUGGUCUCGUCGGCCUCGCUGUGGCCGCGUUGUAGAGGAGCAGCCUGCCACUAUUCGAAGGCGGAUUAAAAUUGAUCAAGCUGUAUUAAUCGGAUCUCGAUUUGAUCACAUCGAAGU